CCGGAAGUGACGCCCUCGGGCCGCGCCUUCUCUCCUCCAGUCGGCUUCCUGGCGUGUUAACCCUCUCGCUCGGGCGCCUGGUCGAGGUCAGGGCUGGCGACCCGGAGGCGGAGGCGGAUCGUUCCGGGGGGAGGCGAGAGGCCUUGCUCGAUCCGUGGCGAUGAGUUGAUGCAUCUCCAGCGCACCCCGGUGCCCUCGGCUUCCUCGCUCACCACCUCUAUAGCUGUAAAAUGGCCGCCAAUGUCAUCCGUCGUUGUUGCCACCUUUCCCGGACCCCGUUCCCCCUCGGUGUCCAAGCGAGGACUGCGCUGGCGGGCGGCAAAGUCGCGAGCGCCGCCGGGGCGUCCUCCCGACUCCGGUUGGCCCUGCUGACCACCUGCCACCGUUCCGUGCAGAUAGGCGGGCUCUGUGCCCAGGAGCAGACGAAACGUUUGCCGCAGGACCCCGGAAAGGUGGAGAGCCUCCUCCACGCUUGCUCCACCGCCCAGGAGCUCUUGAGUUCAGUGGACCUUUGCUCCGUGAAUGCCAACCAGGCCGCCAUGAUUAUUACUAGGCUCUCCUACAUGGUGAACCAGAAGAAGAGGGAAGCCGAUGACGUCAGGAAAGAUAAGCGCUUCAAAGACCUGUUGAAAACAGUCACCAAGCGGGUCACCCUCGUCACAAACACAAACUUGGUCGCUCUCCUGAAGAGCCUCUACUUGCUGGGAGAGCCGCUGGGCACGGAGGACUUUUGUGUGGUGGAGGAGGAAGUGCGUUGGCGGUUGCACAAGCUGAGUUACAAGAAUCUGGUCUCCCUGACUGAGCUGCUCACCGUGGAUGUCCUGAGGGAGAAGAACCGGCUCCUGAGCGAGCUGCUGAAGAAACUGGAGCUGCGCUGGACGGAAAUCGAGGACUCUCGGAGCGUGGUGGUGCUGGUGACGAAAAUGGCCUACCUCUCGCCCACCCUCAAGCAGCGACUGGAGGACAAGGCCCUGGAGAUAGCGGAUCAGUUUUCCCUGGAGGACAUUUGGAAAGUGGCCAUGACCUUGGCACAUCAGAACAACCGCUCCAUCCCUCUGCUGCGGGCCCUGUCGUACUACUUGGUCCAGAAGCAAUUAGCAAUAAGCCCAAACGUUUUGGUGGACUUGGUUUUUGCCUAUGCGAAGCUGAACUUCCACCAGACUCAGCUCUUCCAAAAGAUUUCCAUGGAGCUCCAGCCGUACAUCCCGGAGAUGACGCCCAACGACGUGACCCGCUGUGUCAGGUCCUUCGCCUACCUGAAGUGGCUCAACCUGCCUCUCUUCGAAGCCUUCAUGCAGUACCUUUUGGACAAUGAGAAGAGGCUCACCCCCCUGCAUCUCAGCAGCAUCAUCCUGUCACUGGCCCAUCUGAAUUUUCACCCCAGCAACAGAGAGGCUUUCUAUGGCAUGAUUCACAGAGGGCUGGAGAACCACCUGGACAGUCUGGAUCCCGACCUGCUCUUGGACCUGGUAUGGUCCCUUUGCAUACUGCAGCAAGCAAACGCUGCCCACCUGCAACGCGUUCUGGAGCCCAAGUGCCACCUUCAGUUCUUAAGCGAUCAGAACACAAAGAGGCCGAACCAUCUCGUCAAACUGAUCCAGAUCAACGCCACGGCCCGGCUGGAGUGUGCGGACUACAAGGGGCCUUUCCUCGCUAAGGAGAUCCUGGGCACCAAGGAGCGACAGGCGAAGAGGAUGCCCACCCCUCUGCAGACCGACCUGAAAGAAGUGCUGAAGUCCGUGGCAGGAAAUGACGCCCACGUGCGCUUCGAGGUGGACCUUCUCUCGGGCUGGCUCCUGGACGCGGUGAUGGUGCUGGAUGCUGAAAACCAGCCUUUGCCUGUCACAGACGCUGUGAUUCCCAGCCUGUCCCAGUCGAAGCCUCUUCCUCCCUGGCCCAAAAGGCUGGCCUUCCUCAGGUGGGAGUUCCCGAACUUCAGCAACCGGAGCAAAGAGCUGCUGGGCCGGUUCGCCAUGGCCAGGCGGCACAUCCAGGCGGCCGGUUUCCUGGUGGUUGAUGUUCCUUAUUACGAAUGGCAUGACUUGAAGAUGGAAUGGCAGAAGGCCGCCUACCUCAGGGCGAAGAUGAGCAAAACGAUAGCAGAAGAGAUGGCCAGAUAGAUUGCGCGCGUGCGUGCGUGUGCAUAGGCCCCAGAAGCGACAGACGGAGGAAUGGAUGGUUGCUUCGAGUGGAGGAUGCCCAUCAUUCUCACCACCACCUCGCGAUGUUGGGGAGGCAGACAUAUUAUCCGGGCAUGCACAGAGGGGCCUCUUGAGUUGUAUAAUAUGAACAAGUUUUGGAAUAAAUGGGCUGUUGUGUA